CUAAAACCAGUUGGCAGCACUUAGUAGACGUCAGCCGGUUCGGCAAUAAUGAUAAUAAAAACAUUCUGUGAACAUUAUUCGCUAAUUGUUGCAUAAAACUCUUAUUGAGACUUCUUACCAGGUAAAGCUUCUACAACAAACAGAAUUCACAAUGCUUAGGAACGCGAAUGCAAGGGGCAUGCAGCUAAUUCGCAUCUCCAAGUGCUCCAAGCGUUGCAUCGCCUCCAACAACACCACAUCCAACACCACAUCCAACACUAACAACAACAGCAAGGCUCAGCCGCAAGCAACACCAUUGCGUGCACGGGCCACACCCUUGACGGAUGAGAUAAUACGCGUGGAUCAUGCUGGAGAAUUGGGCGCCGAUCGCAUUUAUGCCGGACAAAUGGCCAUAUUGGGCAACGGACCCAUGGGCAAGACCAUUGGGCAUAUGUGGGAGCAGGAGAAGGAGCAUCGCAAGCAGUUUGAGCACUUGAUACAACAGCAUCGGGUGCGACCGACAGUCAUGGCGCCCAUUUGGAAUGUGGCUGCCUUUGCACUGGGCGCGGGAACCGCAUUGAUGGGCGAGAAGGCCGCAAUGGCAUGCACCGUGGCCGUGGAGACAGUCAUUGUGGAGCACUACAACGAUCAGUUGCGUCAAAUUAUGGACUCGCCCAAUCCGGAUAAGGAGCUGCUGGAGACAAUCACAAAGUUUCGCGACGAGGAGCAGGAACAUCACGACACCGGCAUUGAUUGUGGAGCAGAGCAGGCGCCCUUCUAUAAGGCCAUGACCGAGGUCAUUAAAUUUGGCUGCAAGACGGCAAUUGCCAUAUCCAAAAAGAUCUAAUCUUCAGCUCGAACUUAUGCGACGACAAUAAUUAUAACGUUGUUUAACCGUGUGUACUUUAUGUAGUAAUAAUAAUAAUAAUAUAUGUAGGGUGUUUAA